AUGUCGGCUCAGAACUCCGCGGGCAUUCAGACCCUCCUCGAUGCUGAGAGAGAGGCCCAGAAGAUUGUGCAGCAAGACCGCACAAAGCGGAUAAGGGACGCCAAGUCGGAGGCCCAGAAGGAAAUUGAGGAAUACAAGAGCCAGAAGGAAGAGGAGUACAAGAAGUUCGAGACUGAGCACUCGAGUGGAUUCAAGAAGGCCGAAGACGAUGCCAAUAAGGAGACCGAAGUCAAGCUCCAGGAGAUUAAGGACGCUGGCAAGAAGCAGGGCGACAAGGUCGUUGCGGACCUCCUCCGCGUGACGACUGAUGUCAAGCCCGAGGUUCCCGAGAAGAUUAAGGCAUAA